AUGGGAGAUCUCCGCAUUAUUGGAGGAUCACAAGAAAAUAAAGGACGCUUAGAAAUCCUUUAUAAUGAUACAUGGGGAACUGUGUGUGACGAUGACUUUGACAAUAUUGAUGCUAGUGUGGCUUGUAGACAACUAGGCUAUUGUUCUGGCAUAUUGUUGAGAUCCGAAUUUGUAAAUGAUGGAAAUGAAACGAUAUGGCUAGAUGAUGUGACAUGUUCUGGAAAUGAGAGUAGAUUGAUAGACUGUACAUACGACAAAUCUCAUAAUUGUCACCAUGGUGAAGAUGUUGGUAUUGAUUGUGAUGUCAUAUGUCCUGAUACUGGUGAUUUACGUUUAGUUGACAGUACUACUAGUAUGCGGAGAGACGAAGGACGAUUGGAGAUUUAUUUAAACCGUGUAUGGGGAACUGUUUGCGAACACGAAUUUGAUGACAUUGAUGCAGCAGUAGCAUGCAGACAGCUAGGCUAUCGCACUGGCAAAGCCAUUCGUUAUGGUCUUAUUUAUGAUGGGACUGGACCCAUCUGGCUUAACAGUUUAAGAUGUAAUGGAACUGAGAGUAAAUUAACCGACUGUUCAAAUAGUGAUACGAAUUAUUGUUCACAUUACCGUGAUGUUGGCAUCCAAUGUUUAUUGAACUAUCCAACUAAAGAGCAUGGUUUCGAAAGUAUUUCGGAUACAUCGUGA